AUUAAAAUCUCUUAUCUCGAAGCCGGUGUUGGAAGAAUAAAUCGUAAUAAUAUGUUUAUCACCGUUAAAUUUGGAGAUGAUCGAGAGGAAUUGUUCAACCCACAUUGUAAAGUUUGCAGCCUUUUGGAUAACAUUAAACAAAGAUGUGACCUCCUGCAAGAGGAUGAGAUUGAUCUUUCUGAUCAAACUGGUAUUCGGAAAAAUCUGUCGUUAACCCCCACGGAUUAUGCUAUAAAACACAUGGAGGAAAGAGACGUUCUGAUCCUAGUAAAAAUUGAAAGAUUUUCAGGAUCUCUUGACGAAACCUGCGUUCCUUUACUCCACAGUUUACAGGGAAAUAAGGACUUUCUAGAAAAUCUAAACCAGAAAAUGAAUACUUUGGAUCCGAACUCGCAACACGAUAUUCAAGACAGGACGAGGGUUAGAAGAGGCAGCGUCAACACCAGAAAAACAACCGCACAGAAUACUUUUGGCGUGAAACGGAAUAAGAACCGUGGCAGAAGCCAAAGUUUGGCCGUUGGUACAGGGUCGACACUUUUUCCCAAAAAUAUCAAAAGAUAGAAUUCUUAUUUAUUAUCUAAUUGAAGAUUUCAUA